GGAAGUGGUCCCCGGAUGGAGGCUGGCUGAGGAAGACCGGCGGGGAGGGAGGGGAGGAGGGCUCUCGUCGUGCGUUGGUUCUGCGUGGCGGCCUGCGUGUGUCGGGAGGUGGUGCUGUGAAAAGCCUAAAGAUCAGAUUGUAAGAAAAGAAAAUAGAAGCCAUGUUUCGAAGACCUGUAUUACAGGUAUUUCAUCAGUUUGUAAGACAUGAGUCUGAAGUAACUAGCAGUUUGGUUCUUGAAAGAUCUCUGAAUCGUGUGCAGUUACUUGGGCGAGUGGGUCAAGACCCUGUCAUGAGACAGGUAGAAGGAAAAAAUCCAGUCACAAUAUUUUCUCUAGCGACAAAUGAGAUGUGGCGAUCAGGGGAUAGUGAAGUACACCAAAUGGGUGAUGUCAGUCAAAAGACAACAUGGCACAGAAUAUCAGUAUUUCGUCCAGGCCUCAGAGAUGUGGCCUAUCAGUAUGUGAAAAAGGGGUCUCGAGUUUAUGUGGAAGGGAAGGUAGACUAUGGUGAAUACAUGGAUAAAAAUAAUGUGAGGCGACAAGCAACAACAAUUAUAGCUGAAAAGAUGGACACACAAAGUUUAAAGAAGAUUAAGAAGAUAUCACCUAGAGAAGAGUUUCAAAACAGUAUACACCUUUGGACAUCUUUAAGUUGACAUUAAGAACUUUUUUCAAUAUAAAAUUGUUAUGUCACUCUUAAAUGUAUUAAUGGGAUAUAAAUACUAUUGAAGUUUGAUAGUCAUCACCUUAUAAAAAAAUACAUAAGGAAGCUCUUCAACAUUUGGAAAUUUUGUAUUUCUUUUUCUUCGAACUUGUUUUAUCAUUUCCAUUUUCUCCUCAGAAGUGUAUCUUUAAUAUACUGUAUCACUGAGAAUCUUUUACUAUUCAUCCUGUCAUGUUUGUCUGUAACAAAAAUAUACACAUAAAAGAAAUUUUAAAGUAUUUAAAAAAAUUUUGUGAAAGUAAGGCUCUGUUAUAUUUCUCAUUGAUUGAGUUAUCAUUAUAGUUGUUUUUAGUACCUAAUUGACCAAAAUGAUGUUAAUAUGUAAAUAUAAAAAGUAGGAUUUUAUUGGAAA